GGACUUUAAAAGAGAUGAAUUGGGGACAAAAGAACACUUUUACGUGUAGCUUAGCUUCGAAAUGAUAACUAGAAUGUUGUUUCACACAUUCAUCAUAUUGUGGGUUUGAGAAUGAAACAUUGAGUACAUUUUCACCUGAAAGCAUUUGUUUAACCGGGCGUUGUCUACAGCAGUAGCGGCAGUUGUUGUUUGUCCUCGUGAUGAAGCUUAACAUAGCGUUUCCGUCCAAUGGGACUCAAAAGUGUAUUGAGGUCGAUGAAGAACUUAAACUCCGCCCAUUUUAUGAUAAACGUAUGUCCCAUGAGCUUCCAGUUGACUUUCUGGGGGACGAAUGGAAAGGAUACUUAAUGCGCAUAACUGGUGGAAAUGAUAAACAGGGUUUCCCCAUGAAACAAGGAGUUUUAACUAAUGGCCGUGUCAAAUUGCUGUUGAGCAAAGGAAGUUCAUGCUAUCGUCCUAGACGUAAAGGAGAACGACGACGCAAGAGCGUACGUGGUUGCAUAGUUGAUAGUAACUUAAGUGUCCUUAAUCUGGUUGUUGUACGCAAAGGAGAAAACGAUAUCCCUGGCUUGACUGACGUCAGUAUCCCUCGACGCCUUGGGCCUAAGAGAGCUUCAAAAAUUAGGAAAUUGUUUAAUCUGUCGAAGAAGGAUAAUGUUUGUCAGUUCGUUGUGCGGAAGCCUGUCCCAGCUAAAGAAGGAAAGAAAGAGCGUUCCAAAGCUCCGAAGAUUCAGCGUUUAACAACACCUUUGAGAUUACAGCGUAGACGCCGUAGGCAUGCACUGAGGCGUCAGCGCAUAGAAACCCGCAGAAAGACACAAGAAGAAUACGCCAAAUUGCUUGCUCAGCGCCGAAAACAAGCUCGCGAUGAGCGUGCAGAACGCAAGCGGUCGCGAAGUCACUCCUUACGUGAAUCUAAAGGACAAACAGAUAAAAGUGCAUCAUAAAAUUGUGUAACUACGAAUAAAUAUGUGGAUAAAUUUGCGUGUUCUCAAUGUUUCUGAUGUGUUGCUUGAAGAGUUAGCUAUUUAGAAAAGUUCACUUGGGUGAAUUUGAUGUUUUAUUUACAGGAUUACAUUUAAGUGUUUCAUACCCAUACAAAACACGUUACAGAUUAGGCGUAGUGUCUUGAACUCCGAUUGUAAUAUAAAAUCUACAAACUGAUGGCUUCUUGAUUCAUUACGGUCCGAUUCUUAAGUCUAAGCCAAACACUUGUAAUAAGUUUAAACAGAACAGGGACAACAGGAUUUGCAGAAUAAAAUGAAUUUGUCCGUCUAUUUUACGUUUUCUCAUCAGUCAGCUACAACAUAGGAACCAGGUACAUAUAUGUAUCGGUCCAAGUUCCCAUACCUCAGCACAACAGGAUGAACACCAAAUUCAUUGAAGCAGUUACUUCAAUCGUAGUAAAAAAAGAUUUCACAUAAGGAUAUGAUACAGGGAGAAAGAAUUACUUCGUUGAAAGAAAGAUAUAAAGUUAUUACAGUUUCUCGUCAGUUGCAUACAACCUAAGAUUACAAUCAUUGUUAUAAUUACUAACAAACGUUUAGCAUUCUGUAGUUUGUGAAAUUUAGAUAAAUGUUCUAAACGUAGCCAAAACUAUAAUAAUUGAAAGAAUAGGGAUACAAAGUGUAUGAAUAGACAUAGUUGUGAUCGAUGUGUAUUUAUUUGUUGGGAAGUUAAAAAUUCAAAGGUAAUGAAAUUAAUAACUUAGUAUGUGAUCGGCCAUGAUAAAAUAAAGAAAUAUGUGGACAUUUAGAUUAUGUAAGAGUUGGAUAUCAAAAGAAUAAAAACAAGCAUUUGGGGACAGUUAGAAAAGAAUCGGAAAUGAAUAGAGGUUAUUGGGUAAAUAUCCAGUCACUAUGUCAGCGGAAGGCUAACUACACCUUGUUGUACGCAUAGGUUAGGUCGGGGACGUUUUAUGGUGACUGAGUAGGUUAUCUCAUAUUCAACUGUAAUCAUUACGUCGGGACGAGUUGUUGAAGUGACUAAGUAACGGUGAGGUGUGGUCCUUAUCACCAGCAUAUCUGGAGAAGUAAGUGUCUUGGUUUUCGUUCUUUAGGUUAGCCAUGAAGAUAUCGGCGAAGAUGGGUCCUAGUGGUGAUCCUACGGCCACUCCGUCGGUUUGUAUAGUUGGUUGUUGGAUUGGAAACGAAUCCCGUUCCGCGCAAAGGAGUAACUGGCUUUGAGGUUAAAGAUUGCUUGCGAGCUAUACUAUUAGCUCCUAAUGUCAUACUCAUAAAUAAUGAACACAACAAAAUAUACCAUGAAUCUGUCCCCAACCAGGUAGUCUACACCUACCUGGUUGGGGACCGCGAGAUGAUAGCAACCGAUGGUUAGAGAGCCUGAAUGACAUGGCUCAAAAUCGUUUGCAAUGGCGCAGGUGCAUCCAUUCUUUGUGUUCUCCCAAAUUUUGAUCUCCUUAGUCCUUGUCUCUUUUUUUUCUCUUCUCAAAUUUCACUGUAUUAUACUCCAUAAAUAACAUCUCCAAACCCUAAUCUUUCCAAUUACUGCUUAUACUCUUACUACCUCUACCACUAUGGGAUUUGAAUCGACAACUGCAUCUCUAUGCUAAUGUGGUGUGGCAACUCGAACUGAUCUACGUACAUACGAAGUCCUACGUUGUUACUGACUGACUGACUGUCGGAUGUGUUCAAAUGAUCCAUUUCUUUGGAACUAAACUACUGGUUCUCAGUAUUCUACAGAUUGGUUUUAGUAAUUUAGCCAACUUAUGAUUUGGUGAAUUAAUCAUAGACAUUAUAGGUCUUAACGGGAUGUUGGAUUUGUGCACUUUAUUAAGACCAUGUACGAAAAGCAGUCGUGAUCCUUUUGCCUUCAGAUUCUUGUUAAAUGAAUCAUCAAUCAGUUCAUUAAGACUUUUAUUGACUUUUCCAUUGUUGCGAUGGUACCUUAGAUUUGUUAAUUUGAUAUCUUAUUGUAUCAUUGUUAAUUUGGGACAUUUUAUGCAUAUAUUCUUUUCAAUUCAGUAUUACAUCGGGAUAUUUUAUACAUAUAGUGUUUUUGAGGAUUUGGCAGUAAUUAUAUUAGUAGUUAUAACUUAAGUUGUAUGCAGCUUAUGAAAAACCGUGAAAUAGACUGAUGAUGAGUUCAUUUUGUUCUGCAAACCUUUUUUUGGUCUGUUUAGAUUUACCAAUGGAUUUAGUUGUAUGAAACUCGUAAUAAGAUCUGAAUAUGACGUUUAAUAGUAAUUUCUGAGUUAAUCCACUUACGGUGGAUAUCCAUAAUUUCGUUCUUUGUGGUUCGUUUUUGAACCGAUUUUCAGAAUAUACCAGUUGAAGUACAAAUGGGACAAUUCUGAAAUUAUCGUAUUGUGUUCUAUCUGAGUUUGGUCUGUUAAAUGCGAUAACAAUAAGGGAAGGCUUUUUGAUUUUGGUCGAUUGUACAGUAGUCAUUGAUGUUCCCAAAUUUCCUCUCAUGUCUUCCACUUUUUGCUGUUGCGACGUAGUCUGAUUUUUCCAAGGUUCCGUUUUUCUUUUGGGACGUUAGCGUUCUUAAUUGAUUGAUUUCCUUCCAAGAACAUCAUCUGCAUCGGAUUUCUAUGAAGUUCAUAAACCAUAUUAGGAUGUACAUUUCACUUUUGUUACUGAUCAUAAGAACAUUCCUUUUAAAAAAUAAAGUCCUAUAGGCACAAAAUAAAGCAUUACUCAUCAUGACUUGUUGCUCAUUUAGAUUCAAUUAUUCAGCCAGUACAUAUUAUUACACUAGGUUAAUUUUAUUUUUAAAAAUCUAAAAGAGUUGAAUUGAUUGGUAAACGAUAUUUAAUAAAACUUCAAACAAAGGCCAUAUGUGAUCAGCUUUAUAUAUAAUCAUCUGCGUUAUUUAACAAAACUGGCUAUUCAUAUUCGUGUUUGCUUUGUUAGUAUACCAACGAAAAAAAGACUUACUACUAUAAUUAUAGAGUUUCAUAAAGUCUGUAAUCAAUCUUACAUUUUUCAUGUUGCAGUUUAUUUAAUUGAUCGUGGAGAUUUGAUCGUUACUUGAGAUGAUUUUCGUCAUUUAGACUAAGAGACACUGGAAACUUGCUUUGUUUUUAGUUUAGAACGUUUUACCAGUGUACAGCCAAUAUCCUGAAAGGGACCGUUUAUUAACUAAUAACUAGUCUCGAGAUGAAUUCCCGAAGUUGUGAGAAUUUGUGACUGUUGCAGUUCAGCAAUGUGGAAAGCAAGAUAGGCACCACCGACUACAAUGUACAGUCGUUACUCAUCACAAUUCGACUGAAGUUGGGAAUUUGAAUUAUUAAAUUACAAUUCAGUUGCCUAACUUUUUUUCGCGAGAAUUGGAGAACACUGUAUGAUAAGAGUACUCAUUAGUGGGCAGUUAUUGAUUAUGACUAAAAUAAGUCUACAAUACUUCCUGGUUAUCAAUACUUUCCCAUUUAAGGUCAAUCUGUGAUGAAAUCAAUUAGGGCAGUUUUUAGCUUAGUCAAAAUCCUACUUCCAAUAUUUAUGCAGGUGAGAUUUAUGGACAAACAGAGUGAGAAAGAUGAUACCAUAAUCGACCACAAUGAACAUGUCCUAAAUGCUAUCAAUAGGUUAGACAACAUGAUAAAUUUGGUAGCGAUCAUGAAAUAAGAAUAAAGUAUUUAUAAGGAAGUAGAAACUGAUGAACUUAUCUUGGAUACCAACCCAGUGGUCUUAAAUCUAAGCACUCGACCUGAGACCUGGAUGACCUGAGUUCGAUCGCUUGAUAAGUCAUGGAAGGUCCCUGUUGAGGAGUUCCGCACUAAGACAAAACAACAGACCAGUCCUUCCUGGUGUUCAAUUAUUGUAUAACUAAUGUCAGUUCGAGAUAUCAACGAUACCUCAAAACUCAACUAGCAAUAACCAAUACAUUCACUAAACUCGAGAAGCAAUUCCCAGAGUUCUGCUGAGAUGUAGCCGGUAAAGUUGAAAGUAUAUUGUGGAUUUUCACUAAUUAUUGUGAUCUUAGCGGUAAAGUAUGUGCUGGCAUACCAUAUGUAGAAUUAGUUUUACUAGGAAUGUUUGGUGGAAUUAUUCGCAUGAAACAAGAUGUAAAUAUUUGUCAAAUUUGUUCAAAUUUUCUAUUUUAGAAAGAACACCUCAUUACAUUAUAGCACUUUUUUCGUUUAUUUAAUAGAUCCAGUACAAAUGAACCAGUAUAUUCAGAUUAUUUUCAAAAAAUGUGAACAAUUAAUCCGUUUCCGAAUGUUAUCAUCGUCAUCGAUUGUAUAUUCAUCAUCGUCAGUUCCUCCACAUAUUCCAAUUAUGAAAUCAGAAAUUGUAAAAUAUACCCAACCGAAACCAGGUCAAGUUAGUGAUCUACUUGUCUUGUUUUAUCGCUUUUUUUAAUAAACAAAUAAACAAUCAGGAACUACAGUCUUAAGUAUACCGACCAACUCCGAUCCGAUCACAUGGUGGAUAAAUAGUGCAAGUUUAAUUGUACAUGGCUCUUGUAAGUGAAUUAUGCACUUAGGAUACCUACCCAUAAUAGAUAGCUCUAUCGAGGUCAGUUCGACCAUAUAUGUGUAUACGCUAGAAUCACAAGCAUUAUUAUUUGUAUUUUGGGAGUAAAGACGCCCACGAAGUCUUUGUUCUUCUUCUCUCACAUAAUUAAGCUGGUCGUUUUUCAGAAGCGUACUUUAGUGAUGGAAUCAAACAGUAAAAUGCGACGACUUCGUCACUUUGACUUCCAUAGUCUAAUAUACUACGUCAGUGCUAAGAAGAUGUAACUCAGUUGUCAGUUAUCUGAAAGGAAGAGGAGACUAUGACACACAUAGUUACUGAAUAAAUUCGCGUCGAUCACAAUUACUUUUUCAAAUCAUUGAAAGAACUGGUAGAUCAGUCAGUCGAUCUUAGUUAAUGUACAACCUGACACAGAUGUUCAGUAGUCCAAGAUUUUCUGCUUUCUAUCAGCAGAGCAAGCGGGAAUUCUAAGACGUGAAAAACUAUAAGAUUCAAAUGUGAUCAUGAUAUUAAUAAUAUCAAACAGCAGACAAAAUGUGGUUCAAUAAAAAGGAGUGGUUAUCUCCACGUCAAUGCAACCUACUUUGAACUAUUUCGUUGCUAUGAUGAUAGACACUUCUGGUUGUGUUUGAUUUAUUCAUUGCUUUCUACAAUAAUGUUUAGGUAAUUAGGUUAAAGGUGUAUAACUUACGCAGUAGUUCUCUCUAUGUUAUUUUGUAAGUGAAAGUAUAGUCACUUAUAAUCAAACCAUCAAAUAAGCAGCGCUAUUGUUAGGCUUUCAUAUGUAUUCUUAUAAAAAACGAAUAUGAUUCAAAUUUGGAUGCUACUAUCGUAUAUCACAAACUUCAAUUUAUUAAUUUAUUUGAACACAUAAAUGUUGGUACAAAGGGACAUCGAAUACAUAUGCGCCACACAAGUCACUUGGUUUGUGUGCGGGCUAUGAUACUGUCCGGGAGCUCAGACAAAAGCAGGUGGUUCUCUUAGGGGGUCGCACCUGGAGCCUUCGACCUAAAGGUCUGAUCCACAAGGCAGUAGAGCGAUGUAAGGAGAUGCAGUCCCCAUAGUAGUCGGUGACCAAUGAUUGGUUCACACACUAUUUGUUCUUUCAAGAUCCUGGAGCCCUGUUGCACCAUUAGUUUGGAAUCAGUGUUUUCCAACUUCUCUAUGUUGAUUUUCCGUGUCCACCAACCCGGUUAAAUCACUGGGCACUCUUUUCGUCCUCUCAAUUUCAUACACAACACUUCCGCGGAGAGAAGGCAGUGAGUAGGAAUUCCCUGGCAGUGUUCGUAUGCACAUGACCAUGUGAGAGCAUUUGGAGAGGGAGAGCUGACUUCCCCCACCCUUGGCCGUACCAGGGCAUUUCAUUAAUCAUUUUUCAGUCAGUUGUAUUAAAGUUUAGUUGUUUAUCCUCAUUGUACAUUGAUUAACUGCCAUUUAGUAACCACUGUCAUGUUUCCCUUGUUAUUUUUAAUGGUGAUGGACCAAUUUUUAUGUGGUCAUUAGUUUAAGUGACUCGAUGUCAAGUGCACUGUUUAGAUCUUAAAUGAUUACCAGGAUUCAGGAGAAAACUUCCCCUAACCUAGCUUUCGCAUCAGCUAUUGUUUGUCAGCUGGUGCGUACCUGUAGUAUUAAGAGAACCGUAAUCUAUGUGGGAAUUGAGUCAGCAUCACUCUGUUUCACAUUCUACGACGUUACUACUCAGCUGUUCAGACCACGGCUAACUUUCUGUAUGGCUGAGCUGUUUACAUUGAUUGGUCAGUGAAUAGUACGAAAUGUUAUGUUCGUCUAUAGUCUCUUACUUCUGACUGAACUCUGUUGAUCAAGAUACAAUGUGGCCACAUGAUUGCAUGUACGCCUUGAUGACGAGUGCCAGCUAUUACGAAACCUAGUUCAAGGAUCUUUUUCUGUCGACUGCCUUAUAUCACUUAGCAUGUUCCUAUUAUAGUUUGGUUUAAUAUUAUCCGAAAAGUUAUCGUUUUCACAUAAUUUCUCGUGGAUUUUGUCGUAAAGCUUUAAUAUUAGUACAACUAAUUAACUAAAUAUUGCUUUCUUGUAUUUGGGUUUAUACCUGAUACUACAUCUAACGAUUUUGACCCUAGCAAUCAGAUCUUAAUUGAUUAGAGAAUUUGAUGUACGAAUGAAAUUCGUUCAAUGGCCAAUAAAAUUCUAUCAUGCUUAUUUUAUGUUUAUAUUCUGUAUAUAAAUAUGUUAUCUUUUAACAUAAAAAUCCCAUUUGUCCAACUACUAGUCUUGUCUGCUUUCUAAUCAUGAAGAGAGUCUUAAGUCAAUAGUAUGAUCUCAUGAGUAUUCUUCACUCGGUUACUUCAUGUCAUUGUGUUCACCUAUUGACUGACACUCUAUGCAAUGACUUCGACAGACAAGGAUUCAGUUCAUUAAAUCAUUAAGAACUUCCUCUAUAACUGUACCAUAUUCAUCAUAUAACCAUUAAUGAAUGUCACUAUCGGACAAAAGUUGACAAUUCGUAAAUAAAAUUGUUUGAUAAUAAAAGCAUCUCUUUUUUCCUAAAUAAUGAGUAGGAUUUUGCUUUGAUUGAUGUUAGGGUGAUCCAGAAAAUUCGUCGAAAGCCAAAAAAGGCUUUGAAAACGCUGAGAAACAUCUUAUCUAAUCAGCAUUCAAUAGAAGUUUUACCAGAAACAUCUAGAAAGUGAAAAGUCACGUACCGAGUUACUGAUUUGGUGAUUACUUAUACUACUACUAUGUUUAGUAGCAUUCCAGAAUUUUCCGCAAACCCAGAGACAUCUAAAAUACCAUAAAAACCCCAAAUUUCCUGAACAUAAAGGAACCAUAUUUCGUGCCUUUUCUCUCGUGUUCAAGUCGCUGUGUGGAUCCAGCCUGGGGGUUACUAGAAGAGGUUGGGAACCGAAUCUAGCGUUUAAUUGAAAGGCUUAUCAAUUGACAUUUUUUAAAUGUUUCACACGACCAAUAUACAUUGCGUAUUUUGGAAUCAUAUUGAGAGUUUGUAGCUGAUGUAGAUAGAGAAACAAAGAGCCUAUGACAAACAACAGAAGUUAUUUUUGGGAACAUUAUUCCACUUGAUUCAAAGUUAGUAAGAUACUAACAUUUAGUUUUGUCUAUGGUUUAUUCUAUAAACCAUAAGCUUUCGUUUGAUACAUGAUUCGCUGCCAUACUUUUUUCUAUUCAAAAAUUGUUAUGAUUUAUCUGUAACCUUUUCCACUACAUUUUCCCUAUCCUAAUUCUAUAUGGGUUAUGGUCGUGUUAGUCAUCUAUUCAUUCAUGUGUCUUUUUUCAUUGAUGUGAAUCAAUAAUAAAUCGGGUAGUGCUCCAGCCAAUUCGUCCCUUCUCUCUCUCUUAUCAACCAAUCGGGUCCUAGAGUAGUUUUCAUCUCUCUGUCACCAAGCUUUCAUACAUUAUUAGCCUCGAAACUGAAGUAGAUAGCCUAUCAUGCCAAGACCUUAAACUAGAUCGAGAUAAAUUCUCUCCUGUAUAUUAGUGGACAAAUGAAUCAAGGAAGUAACAGUAGCUUAAUGUUUUAAACACUGAACUUUCAAUUAUAUAACUAUAAAUUUUAAACACUAGCUCAUCUAAUUCAGCUUUGACAAGGUGAAUAUACAAUAAAUAGAUAGAAAUUCUACACUGAUUACUUCAAGAAUUCAUUUUCCUUUCUGUUCAUUCAUUUAAUCUAGGUUUAUUUAGAUAUGACUUUUGGCACAGGAGGUCAUGCAAAUGAAAUAUUGAAAUAUGCUGCCGAUAAUUUAACUUGUUACUUUCUAGACCGUGAUCCAACAAGUUUCUCAUUUAUGGAAUCACUUCGUACAAAUUAUAGCUCAUCCAAUCAUAAAAUAUAUCCACUUAUUGGACGAUUUAGUGAUCUUCCUCAAUUAUUAAGUGGCUAUGAUCUGAAAUAUCAAUCAGUCGAUUUAAUUCUUAUGGAUUUGGGUGUAAGUUCACCACAGUUAGACAAUGAAUCUCGUGGAUUUGGUUUUAAACAUAAUGCUCCGUUAGAUAUGCGUAUGAAUCAAAGUCGAAAUGUACAAAAAGAUACACCAACUGCAGCUGAUGUUAUUAAUACAUUGAAUGCUGACGAACUGUCGAAUAUAUUCAGCAUUUAUGGUGAAGAACGUUUUUCUAGGCGCAUCGCAAACGCUAUUGUUGAUUAUAGAAAUGAUGCUGGUUCAAUUCAAACAACAAAACAGUUAGCCGAUUUAGUUCAUUCUGUUGUACCAGUGAAUAGAGAAGAUAGAGGCUCAAUUCAUCCAGCUACACGUAUAUUCCAAGCAUUACGUAUUUUCAUUAAUGACGAACUAAACGAAUUAUGCAUCGGUCUAGAAUUAGCUGAAUUUUUAUUAAAACCCGGUGGUUAUUUAGUUGUUCUAUCAUUUCAUUCAUUAGAAGAUCGUUUAAUCAAAUGGGCAUUCCAUUAUGAUUGUAAACAUCUAUCUUUAUCAAAAUAUUUAUCACAACGAAGUCUGAAUUUUCAAUGUACUAAUAAAAGAAAAGAAUAUGAAAAUGAUGAAAUAUCAGAUGGAUCUCUGGGACAGAUGAAAUCGAAAUGGAAUUGUGUUAUUGGACCUAUAACUCCUACCGAUUCGGAGAUAGAUUCUAAUCCAAGAAGUCGUUCAGCCAAAUUACGUAUAGCGAAAAGAGCAUAAUUAGAAAAAGUGAUUAAGGAAGCAAUGACAAUAAACGAUUAGGUUACUGAUCAAGGUGUAUGAUGUAUAGAGUAUUAAAUGUGUGGAUAAUACAAUUCAGUUGAAUUUUGUUAAACAGUCCCAAUUCUGAAGCUAUAUUUUGUACAUAUUCAGUUUUUUUUUUAGAGAAAUGUAAUUGUACAUAUUUGUAAUUAUUGCACCAAUUAAAUUGAUAUAAUCGAUCUUACUUUCCAUAAAUAUUGGUGGAGUGGGGCUUUUUUUCGUCACUUUGUAUUUGUACAAUUUCCUGUUAUUAAUAUUCAGCACUACAAUUUAUAUCAGUUUCCGUCCCAAUAUAUAUACAACUUGAAUUGACUUGCUUGAUUAAGCCUGUUACCCCUCGUCGAGGAGCGUAGGCCAUUCACCAGCACUCUCCAUCCAACUCUGUCAUGGACAAUCCUUUUUGGUUGCUAUUCAUCCUUUUGAUGUCUGUUCCCAAUUACCGACGUAGCGUGUUCUUCGGGAUUCCAGGUAAACGCUUGCUUCGUGAUACAGUUUGGUGAUUUCCGUAAUGUAUGUCCCACCCACUUCCAUCAUCUUUUCCUAAUUUCCUCUUCAGAUGGAAGUCGGUUUGUUCUCUCCCACAGCUGUCUGUUGCUGGUGGUAUUCGUUUAACGGACAUUAAUUGUAACUACUCGUAUCUUUUUGAUUAUGGUUGUGAUAGUUAUCCCAGUUUCAGCUCCAUACAGUAGAACUGUCUUGACAUCCGUAUUGCAGAUUCCGAUUUUGAUAUUUCUUGACAGUCCUCUCGAAAUGCUCUCACAUGACCACACGUAUACAGCUACUACCAGGGAAGUCCUACUCACUGUCUUCUCGGGAAGGGGAUGCUGUUUGCGGAAUAGAGAGAACGGAAAACAAAUGUUCGGCGCUUUAACAGGGUUGGUGGAUAUGGAGGAUCCAUCUAGGAGAGCUGGAAAACCCUGAUUUCAAACAAAUGGUGGACAUGGGCUCCAGGAUCCUAAGGAGACUAAUGGCUUAUGAACGUAUCGUUGGUCACCAACUACCAUGGGACUAUAUCUCCUAAUGCUGCUCCACUGCCCUGUGGAUCAGACUUUUAGGUCAAAAGCUCCGGGAGUCCCCUCCCUAGGAAAACUACCUACUUUUUGUAUGGGCUCUCGGACAGUAUCACAGCCCAUACACAAAUCAAGUGACUUGUGUGGCGCAUAUAUAUUUGGUGCCUUCUUGUACCCAUGAUGCUAAUCUUCAACCAAACACUUAAUCCAAUUUGCAAUUUCAUUAACUUCAAUGUCAUUUAGACAAUUUGUCUUAUAAUUCCACUUAACGUACAAACUUAUAUCAAGUCAUUCAUUAAUAUAACUUUAUUUGAAGUAGAGAAGAAAAAAAAAGUUAUUUACAAUUUCAUUUCUG